AUGAUGAAAGGCUUCAAGAACAGGCUCACCCGCAACAAGUCGCUGGCGCUGUCCAAGCGCAGCGAGAAAAAGGAGCACAAGGAGAACACGCCCAAGGAAAAAGAGCCCCUGAAAAAGCCGCUGCUGCUGCCGGCGUCGUCGCUAGCCAAGCCGUCCAGCUCCAACUCGUCGCUCAAGUCCUCGUCGCCCAGCUCGUCAAAAAACGACCCUUUGGACUUGCAGCCCUCGGAAGGCGCGCCGCUGGCGCCCGCCGAGCCGGCCGACUCGCCGCCGCCACACGACGCGCCCGGCAGCUCGCCUGCAGCUGCCCAGUUUGGUCUGCUGGCGCUUCUGCUGCCCGCCACGCCGCCGCCUGCGGCGUUGGCGUCAAGCAGCCUGCCGAAAAUCGUCAUCAACGAGCCCGUGCACACGUCGCUCGCCAAAACGACGCCCGUGACGCCCACGCCCAGCUCGCCCACGCAGGCCCACGGCGGCUCGGGCCCCGGCAGCUCGAUCUUGGACGCCCGUUUGGGCUCCCACUCGCUGCAGGCCCAUCUGGUGUCCUUGAGCCCCAACAUCGGCUCGCCCAACAAGGAGGCGUUUGACAUCGACAUGAUCGUGGCGCCCAAGAGGCACUCGUCGUCGCGCUUCGAGCCCACGACGGCAGACCGUACCCAGGAGAUCGUCAAGCUCCCCAACUUCGACGAGGUGGCGCCGGAGGAGCAGAUCUCGCUUUUCAACCAGAAGGUCGACCAGUGCAACAUCAUCUUCGACUUCAACGACCCCACGCAAGACAUCCGGGGGAAGGAGAUCAAGCGCAUCACGCUCCAGGAGCUCAUCCAGUUCAUUGUCAGCAACCGCUUCAACUACACGGACGAGAUGUACAGCCACGUGAUCACCAUGUUCAAGACCAACCUCUUCCGUCCCAUCCCGCCGCCCGUGAACCCGGUGGGCGAGUUGUUCGACCCGGAUGAAGACGAGCCCGUCUCGGAGUUGGCGUGGCCCCACAUGCAGUCGAUCUACGAAUUCUUCUUGCGCUUUGUUGAGAGUCCGGACUUUCAUCACCAGGUCGCCAAGCAGUACAUCGACCACAACUUUGUCUUGCGCAUUUUGGAGUUGUUCGACAGUGAGGACCCCCGGGAAAGAGACUGUCUCAAGACCACUUUACACCGGAUCUACGGCAAGUUCUUGAGCUUGCGCUCCUUCAUCAGGAAGUCCAUCAACAACGUCUUCUUGCAGUUCACCUACGAGACCCAACGCUUCAAUGGUAUUGGGGAGCUCUUGGAAAUCUUAGGCUCCAUCAUCAACGGGUUCGCCUUGCCGUUGAAAGACGAGCACAAGACGUUCCUCAUCCGGAUCCUUCUUCCAUUGCACAAGGUCAAGUCCUUGUCAUUGUACCAUCCACAGUUGGCAUACUGCAUUGUCCAGUUUUUGGAAAAGGACCCUUCUUUGACCGAAGACGUGAUCAUGGGUCUUUUGAGGUUCUGGCCCAAAAUCAACUCCCCGAAGGAGGUGAUGUUUUUGAACGAAAUCGAAGACAUAUUCGAGGUGAUGGAACCCAGCGAGUUUGUCAAGAUUCAAAUCCCUCUCUUCGCCCAGUUGCUGAAAUGUAUUGCCUCGUCCCAUUUCCAAGUCAGUGAGAAAGUGUUGUGUUUCUGGCAAAACGAGUACUUUUUGACUCUCGUCACCGAGAAUGCCCAAAUCGUGCUCCCGGUCAUUUUUGCGUCUCUAUACGAGUUGACAAACGCUACUCAACCAGGAAUCGCCAAUGGUAGACUCAAGCAAAAGCUCCUCGAAACCCCCGAAGCUGUGACGGACAAAAAUGGCAAUUUGAUCGAUACAGCGUUUACAAUGGGUGGCGACGAAGAGAGCCAUAAUCGGAGCGGAAUCCCGGGGCUUCACGAGGACACGAACAUGAUCCAUGACAUGACAGACGAGGAAUAUUACGACUCGUUCUCCUCGCCACAGCACAACAUGGACAUGGAAGACCUAAGCCACAUCCCCCCACACAACCUGGCGACAUCCAAUUGGAAUAAGAGCAUUCAUCAAUUUGCCUUUGGAGCGUUGAAGGUGUUCAUGGACCACAACCCUAUGUUGUUCAAGCAGUGUACCAUGUUGUACCACCAAUCACUUGAAGAACAGAAACUAAGAGAAACAAGAAGAAAGCAAGGCUGGCAAAAGAUUGACGAGUAUGUGCAGAGAUGUAAGAAGGAGCCACAGACGACGCUUUCGAGCGAGGCCGGUGUUGACGCUCACUAG